AUGGCUGCUGCUAAAACUCAACGACUUCAUCUUGGGGUGACUGAUAUUCCUUCUUGGUCAUCAUGCCUUCUCUUUGGGUUCCAGCAAGCGAUGUUAUGUAUUUCCGGCUUACUGGUUUAUCCUUUUGUGGUAUCCGAAUGUGUUUGUGCAGGAGACGCUACUAUAGAGUUGCGAGUUAAACUCAUCGCAGCUACGUUUGUAGCGUCUGGAGUGGCAACUUUACUCCAAACAACUUUUGGGUUACGGUUGUCUCUUCUACAUGGCCCGGCUAUUGCUUUCCUUCCUCCUCUCUUAGCGUACCAGGCUUUACAUCCAUGCCAAACAAAUGAGAACGAUCACAUUGAUCCCAAUAUCUGGAUGGAUAAGUUGCAAGAAAUUGGUGGCAGCCUUGUCAUAGCUUGUUUGAGUUUUGUCAUCAUUGGCUUCACUGGAGUAGCUGGAAUUCUGUCACUUUUCGUUGGCCCAAUUACAAUAACACCUCUGAUGUUGUUGCUUACUAUUAGCAUUGUGCCGACCAUGGAAGAGAAACUCUCCCUGCAUUGGAUCUCGAUAGUGAUGCUUUUAUGUGUGGCUUGUAUGGCCAUCUAUAUGGAAAAUGUGAGAGUUCCAUUCCCUUACUAUUCUUUAGAAAAAGAAUCCCUUCUUGUUAAACGAUUGCCCAUUUUUGGACAAUUCCCGUAUCUUGUGAGCAUCGCUCUUGUUUGGAGUUUCUGCUACUUGAUGACAGUGACUGAUUUAGAGCCUAUCAACGGAGAAGCUCGAACCGACAAAAAUGCAACAAUGACUGUAUUGAAACAAACACCUUGGUUUCAAAUUCCUUAUCCAGGACAAUUCGGUUUUCCUAAACUAAGUGUUGGAUUAUGUUUUGGCUAUGUAGCUUCGUGUAUAUCAAGCAUGAUCGAGAACAUUGGUUCGUAUGACCUUGCUGCUCGUGUUUCUGAGCAGAAAUCCCCUCCAAGACAUGCGGUGAAUCGAGCGAUCAUGAUCGAAGGAGUUGGAAGUAUAUUAGCGGCUUCGAUGGGUGUGUCUACUGGAGUUACGACUUACUCUGAAAAUAUAGCUUUAAUACAUAUUACAAAGGUAGCCAGUCGACGUACUAUGCAGAUUGCUGGCUUGAUUUUGAUCCUCCUCGGAGUUUUCACCAAAUGCGCUGCUCUACUUGCUAGUAUACCAGAUGCCCUUGUCGGAGGAGUAUUAACAAUGGGAAUUUCCAUGAUUGCUGGUGUUACUUUGAGUAACCUACAACAAAUCGACUUGUCAUUAACUCGAAACUUAGCCAUAAUGGGUUUGGCUCUGAUGCUCGGUUUAGUUGUUCCGAGAAAUAUUGAGAGAGCUCCUAUUGCUACGGGUCAUAAAGAAUGGGAUGGUGUCUUGAAUAUGCUUCUCAGCAUUAAAAUGUUGGUUGGAGGUUGUAUAGCGGCAAUUUUGGACAAUACAGUUCCAGGUGCUACACCUAAGCAACGUGGAUUAGACCAUAAGCAUGACAACGCGAGAGCUCAUGACGAUGUUGACGCCUACAUAUUCUCUCCAACCGUGAUGAAAGCAAUAUCCAAAAUACCUCUUGCAUCGUAUAUUCCGAUCUUCCCUACUUUGAAAGAGUCAACUACUCCCAAAAGCCAGGAUUUAAGUACAGUAUAA